AUGCGUUCACUACCAGAUCCUAGCUUAGCCCCUUUUGAUCCGGAAAUUAAGAGAACUAUCUCACAUCUUAGGCAAUCUCAGAGACGGUUAGCCUUUGAAGGUGAUGAAAGGGUUCCUACCAAUUCACCAACCUUAUCCAAGGUUGAAUCGGAAACGUCAUUUGAGGAGGAAACCAUCUAUUCUUCCAUCCGUACUACUAAUACGUCUUCUAUUGAUCUAGGUAGCAAAACUAUGGCCACUCCAAGGAGAGUCACUCUUAAGGAACCCGGUGCUCCGGACUUUAUUCUUCAAUCGCUUCAAGUGCAUCAUCUGGAGUUAAAUGCUAAUUUUGAGCUCAAGACCACCUUGAUUAAUCUUCUACCCAAGUUUCAUGGACUCUCCGCCCAAGAUCCUAUUAGAUACCUUAGAGACUUUCUAGGUGUAUGUUCAACAACUAGGCGGGAGGGUUCCGAUGAGGUUGCUAUUUGGCUAUUUGCCUUCCCAUUUUCACUUGAGCGAAGAGCCAAAGAGUGGUUCUACACUUUGCCCGAUGAGAUUGUUAGUGAUUGGAAUUUGCUUCGAAGGGAGUUUUUAGAUAAAUUCUUUCCUCCGGAGGUGACGGAUAGAUUGAGGAAAGAAAUUUCAUGCAUUGUCCAAGGUGAAAUGGAAACUCUAUAUGAGUAUUGGGAACGAUUUCGGAGGCUUCUUGACUCAUGCCCCUACCAUAUGAUCGACAUUCUAAUGUUGAUUAGCUAUUUUUGCCAAGGAAUGAAACCACAAGACAAGAUCCUCUUGCAUGCCUCAAGCAAUGGUUCCUUGAGAAAGUAUAAAACGGCGGAGGAGGCAUGGCAAUUGAUCACCGAUUUGGCCGAGUCCACUAAACACGCUAGACAAAGAAACAACCAUCCAAGAGCUAUAAAUGAAGUUUCUACUAGUGGUGAGACUGGUGGCAUCAAUGCCAUCACCUUGAGGUCCGGUACCAAAUUGCAAGAGAGAAGUCAUGAAGAGCCAAGUCCAAUAGAGGUCACUCAAGAUGAGGAUGUGGUUGAGUUAGAAGAAGUCGAAGAGGAGGAUGAAGCCCAAGAGGUAGUUGAAGAAGUGAUUGCUCAACUAAGGGGUGGAAUUCCUAAGGAUGGAAAUGUCUUGCAGGAAGCUACUCCAAUUCCAUUUCCCACAUUGGCAAGGAAGACCAAGAAGCAAGUUGAUUUGGAUCCCAAAAUGUUAGAGAUAUUCAAGAAAGUUGAGGUAACCAUUCCUCUCUUUGAUGCUAUGCACCAAGUAACUAAAUUUUCCAAGUUUCUAAAGGACCUAUGCAUGAACAAUGAGAAGCUUAAUGAUUUAGAAACUAUUCCAUUGGGAAGCUCAAUCUCCACUUUAACGGAUGAUGUGCCGGAGAAGUGUGGUGACCUUGGCCCUUGCCUAGUAACUUGCACCAAAGAUGGGGUACAAUUUGUCGACUGUAUGUGUGGUCUCGGUGCUUGCGUGAGCAUCAUGCCUUUGUUCAUUUAUGAGGUCUUAAAGCUUCCACCAUUGAAACAGUCGGCCGCCCAGUUUGUUUUGGCGGACAAAAGCAUAAUUUUUGUAGUUGGUAUUGCGGAGGAUGUUCUACUGAGUAUAAAGGGGUUAGUACUCCUGAUUGAUUUUCAUAUUCUUAAGAUGCCCCCUAGUGAUUCUGGGAGGACCUCAUCUAUCUUGCUUGGGAGGCCGUUCUUGAAGACCUCCCGGUUCAAAUUAGAUGCGUUUUCGGGUACCUACUCGUUUGAGAUCGAUUGA